CUCCCUUCUGCCCCCCGAGCUGGUCCUUGAGGUGCCCCUGGAGCACCCCACGCUGGAGUGGUUUGCAGCCCUGGGCCUGCGCUGGUACGCCCUCCCGGCAGUGUCCAACAUGCUGCUGGGUAUUAGGCCCUAUGGUAGUGCCUUGGCUAGAGGAGGGGAAAGAUGUCUAGACCUGCUGCAGAGGUGAGGACAGCUGAGUGGAGCUUCCCUGGGCGGUGCUGUCAGUAGCAGGAGCAGCCUCCUGGAAAAGCCCUGGCUGCUGCUUCUCCCCCAAGAGAGAAGGCUUCUCCCGCCAGGCCAGUCCAGUCUAGCCCCUCACCCACACCCACUGCUCCCCUAGUUCCCCUGCCUCAGCCCGCACCCUCCCUCACACCCCAGCCCACAGACUCGGGGCUGGCCUUGGUUACUGGAAUGCUUGUGACCACAGCACUAAGAGAAGCAAGCUGCCCCAUGGGGGACUUGCUGCGUCCCUCCCUUGACCCCAGGCUGGUGGUCCCUGCCACUCCCCUGCCCCUGUCACUGACACACGUUUCCUCCUCCCUCAGGCAGGAGUGGGACCUCCCAGCCUCCUCCUGGGGCCUCCACUCAGAAUGUCAGGAUGAGCAGGGUCCUAGGAGGCCCCUGGUGCAGCCUUCCCUUCCCACCAUCCAUGUGCUCAAAGAGAAUCAGAUGGCUGGCUGGGUCACCCGUCCUUUCUUGAAUGCCACGGAUCAUGGGGGAUUUGCUGCCCACACUCCUAGGCGGCCUCUUAGACAUCCGUUGGUGCCUAACCCAAGCAUCAGUUUGGCAGAGGCUGAGUCCCUCCUCUGUAUUGGAUACCAAGUCAGCUUCCGUAGGGAUGGGGAGACACCUGGCCCAGGGAGGAGAUGAGGAGCAGCCCGGAUGGUGCUACGUAUGUCAGAGAGCAGGGCAGGAAGGGAUCAGUGUGGAUGCCAGUGGUCAGGAGGGUGCCAUGGAGUGAACCAUGGCCCCUGCCUCCUCGCCAGCAGCUCCUCUGGGGCUGAUACUCAAGACCCCCCCGUCUCUCUCCUCAACCUCUUCUCCCGCUGCCUCGGCGGGCUCAGGUGUUCGAUGCCCGGGACUGCAGGUCUGCACAGGAAAUGUUCACCUACAUCUGUAACCACAUCAAGUAUGCCACAAACCGGGGCAACCUUCGCUCGGCCAUCACAGUGUUCCCGCAGCGCUGCCGUGGCCGAGGAGACUUCCGAAUCUGGAACAGCCAGCUGGUGCGCUAUGCGGGCUACCGGCAGCAGGACGGCUCUGUGCGGGGGGACCCAGCCAACGUGGAGAUCACCGAGCUCUGCAUUCAGCACGGCUGGACCCCAGGAAACGGUCGCUUCGACGUGCUGCCACUGCUGCUGCAGGCCCCAGAUGAGCCCCCAGAACUCUUCCUUCUGCCCCCCGAGCUGGUCCUUGAGGUGCCCCUGGAGCACCCCACGCUGGAGUGGUUUGCAGCCCUGGGCCUGCGCUGGUACGCCCUCCCGGCAGUGUCCAACAUGCUGCUGGAAAUUGGGGGCCUGGAGUUCCCCGCAGCCCCCUUCAGUGGCUGGUACAUGAGCACUGAGAUUGGCACGAGGAACCUGUGUGACCCUCACCGCUACAACAUCCUGGAGGAUGUGGCUGUCUGCAUGGACCUGGAUACCCGGACAACCUCGUCCCUGUGGAAAGACAAGGCAGCAGUGGAAAUCAAUGUGGCCGUGCUGCACAGUUACCAGCUGGCCAAAGUCACAAUCGUGGACCACCACGCCGCCACGGCCUCCUUCAUGAAGCAUCUGGAGAAUGAGCAGAAGGCCAGGGGGGGCUGCCCUGCAGACUGGGCCUGGAUCGUGCCCCCUAUCUCAGGCAGCCUCACUCCUGUCUUCCAUCAGGAGAUGGUCAACUAUUUCCUGUCCCCAGCCUUCCGAUAUCAGCCAGACCCCUGGAAGGGGAGUGCCGCCAAGGGCACUGGCAUCACCAGGAAGAAGACCUUCAAAGAAGUGGCCAACGCCGUGAAGAUCUCCGCCUCGCUCAUGGGCACAGUGAUGGCGAAGCGAGUAAAGGCGACAAUCCUGUAUGGCUCCGAGACCGGCCGGGCCCAGAGCUACGCACAGCAGCUGGGGAGACUCUUCCGGAAGGCUUUUGAUCCCCGGGUCCUGUGUAUGGAUGAAUAUGACGUGGUGUCCCUUGAACACGAGACGCUGGUGCUGGUAGUAACCAGCACAUUUGGGAAUGGGGAUCCCCCGGAGAAUGGAGAGAGCUUUGCAGCUGCCCUGAUGGAGAUGUCCGGCCCCUACAACAGCUCCCCUCGGCCGGAACAGCACAAGAGUUAUAAGAUCCGCUUCAACAGCAUCUCCUGCUCAGACCCACUGGUGUCCUCUUGGCGGCGGAAGAGGAAGGAGUCCAGUAACACAGACAGUGCAGGGGCCCUGGGCACCCUCAGGUUCUGUGUGUUCGGGCUGGGCUCCCGGGCAUACCCCCACUUCUGCGCCUUUGCUCGUGCGGUGGACACACGGCUGGAGGAACUGGGCGGGGAGCGGCUGCUGCAGCUGGGCCAGGGCGACGAGCUGUGCGGCCAGGAGGAGGCCUUCCGUGGCUGGGCCCAGGCCGCCUUCCAGGCCGCCUGUGAGACCUUCUGUGUGGGAGAGGAUGCCAAGGCCGCCGUCCGAGAUAUCUUCAGCCCCAAACGGAGCUGGAAGCGCCAGAGGUACCGGCUGAGCGCCCAGGCCGAGGGCCUGCAGUUGCUGCCAGGUCUGAUCCACGUGCACAGGCGGAAGAUGUUCCAGGCUACAAUCCUCUCAGUGGAAAACCUGCAAAGCAGCAAGUCCACGAGGGCCACCAUCCUGGUGCGCCUGGACACCGGAGGCCAGGAGGGGCUGCAGUACCAGCCGGGGGACCACAUAGGUGUCUGCCCACCCAACCGGCCCGGCCUUGUGGAGGCGCUCCUGAGCCGCGUGGAGGACCCGCCGGCGCCCACUGAGCCCGUGGCAGUAGAGCAGCUGGAGAAGGGCAGCCCUGGUGGCCCUCCCCCCGGCUGGGUGCGGGACCCCCGGCUGCCCCCGUGCACGCUGCGCCAGGCUCUCACCUUCUUCCUGGAUAUCACCUCCCCGCCCAGCCCUCAGCUCUUGCGGUUGCUCAGCACCUUGGCAGAAGAGCCCAGGGAACAGCAGGAGCUGGAGGCCCUCAGCCAGGAUCCCCGACGCUAUGAGGAGUGGAAGUGGUUCCGCUGCCCCACGCUGCUGGAGGUGCUGGAGCAGUUCCCGUCGGUGGCACUGCCUGCCCCACUGCUCCUCACCCAGCUGCCUCUGCUCCAGCCCCGGUACUACUCAGUCAGCUCGGCACCCAGCACCCACCCAGGAGAGAUCCACCUCACUGUAGCUGUGCUGGCAUACAGGACCCAGGAUGGGCUGGGCCCCCUGCACUAUGGAGUCUGCUCCACGUGGCUAAGCCAACUCAAGCCUGGAGACCCUGUGCCCUGCUUCAUCCGGGGGGCUCCCUCCUUCCGGCUGCCACCCGAUCCCAGCUUGCCCUGCAUCCUGGUGGGCCCAGGCACUGGCAUUGCCCCCUUCCGGGGAUUCUGGCAGGAGCGGCUGCAUGACAUUGAGAGCAAAGGGCUGCAGCCCACUCCCAUGACUUUGGUGUUCGGCUGCCGAUGCUCCCAACUCGACCAUCUCUACCGCGACGAGGUGCAGAACGCCCAGCAGUGCGGGGUGUUUGGCCGAGUCCUCACCGCCUUCUCCCGGGAACCUGACAACCCCAAGACCUACGUGCAGGACAUCCUGAGGACGGAACUGGCUGCGGAGGUGCACCGCGUGCUGUGCCUCGAGCGGGGCCACAUGUUUGUCUGCGGCGAUGUCACCAUGGCAACCAACGUCCUGCAGACCGUGCAGCGCAUCCUGGCGACGGAGGGCGACAUGGAGCUGGACGAAGCCGGCGACGUCAUCGGCGUGCUGCGGGAUCAGCAACGCUACCACGAAGACAUUUUCGGGCUCACGCUGCGCACCCAGGAGGUGACAAGCCGCAUACGCACCCAGAGCUUUUCCUUGCAGGAGCGGCAGUUGCGGGGCGCAGUGCCCUGGGCGUUCGACCCGCUCGGCUCAGACACCAACAGCCCCUGAGAGCCACCUGGCUUUCCCUUCCAGUUCCGGGAAUGCGGCUGCCCGACUCAGGUCCGACGGACCAGGAUCAGCCCCUCACCUCCCCUCUUGAGGUGGUGCCUUCUCACAUCUGUCCAGAGGCUACAAGGAUUCAGCAUUAUUCCUCCAGGAAGGAGCAAAACGCCUCUUUCCCUCUCUAGGCCUGUUGCCUCCGGCCUGGGUCCGCCUAAAUCUGGAAGGCCCCUCCCAGCAGCGGUACCCCAGGGCCUACUGCUACCCCUUUUCUGUUUCUUAGGCGAAUGUUAGAUUCCUCUUAUCUCUCUCAGGAGUAUCUUACCUGUAAAGUCUAAUCUCUAAAGUAUUUAUUAUUGAAGAUUUACCGUAAGAGACUGUGCCAGAUGUUGCGAGAACUACUAAAGUGCCUAACCCAGCUCA